AUGAAUUUCUUCAAAGACAUGUCAUUUGCUGCAACUGCGUGGGCCCAAUACGCAUGUCCCGAUGCUGGCUUGUUUUGUGCCAGCUGCACCUCGCUGGCCAUCUGCACAGCAGCUGGUGCAACAGGGAACGAAAUAUCUUGCCAGACCGGCCAGCUGUGUGGCGUCUCCGGCUCCUUCGCCUCCUGCUACUCUGACACAGCCACCGAGACCUCAGCGUGUAAGUGCGAGACCAGCGGCGGCUACCUCGUGGAUCCUUACCUGCCCUCCCAGUACUUCCUUUGCCUACCUGGUGGGGAGCAACAGGCGGUAACUUGCGCUGGAACCGAGUCCUUCGACCCUGAGCAGAACGCCUGCACAGUUAUGCCUGAAAUAACCACUCCGACGCCGCCAACUUGCACAGUCGGGUUCUUCGCCGUGUCCUGCACCUCGUACUACGCCUGCACAAGCAGCUCGGGCGAAGGGACGGUGUACGACUGUCCCCCCGGCCAGUACUUCCACGAAGUUAAGGGUGUGUGCGUCCCCCCAGAGGAGCUGACGCCCACCCCGUUCUCGUGCGGGAGCGAGGACGGCGCCUUCGGUGACACGGUCAACUGUACCAUUUUCUACGUGUGUUCCGGCGGAAGCCAGUGCACUUGGAUUCUGCAAUGCGGGUACCUGCGAUAUUGA